GCCGCGCCAGGCCAGCAGCUAGCUAGGCAGGUAGCUCUUGCCAACGCCCCGGCCGGCCGGCACCUCACAUUUUGUAGCGUGAUCGCGCGCCGCCGCCACGCCUCCCCAUGCAAGCUACUCCGAUCCUAGCUACUGGCUAGCUAGUUGCAACUACUCGAGCUACCAGCUAGCUAACUGGCCAGCAGCAGGUAGUCUGCUCAGGGUCGGAGGGUCGGCCGGCGCGGCGGCGGGGCGCGCGCGCGCGGGAAGGCGGGAAGGCGGGAACGCAUGGGCAACGCCCUGGGGUGCGCGGGGCUCGGCGAGCGGCUGGCGGCCAGCGCGAGGAACGGCGACGCGGCGGAGGUGCGCCGCCUGCUGGAGGAAAACCCGGGGCUCGCGCGCUGCGCCGCCGUCGGCAGCAGCCUCAACUCGCCGCUCCACCUCGCCGCCGCCAAAGGCCACCACGAGAUCGCCGCGUUGCUGCUGGAGAACGGAGCAGAGGUGAAUGCUAGGAACCUUUCCGGCGAGACGGCGUUGAUGCAGGCGUGCCGGUUCGGCCACUGGGAGGUGGUUCAGACGCUGCUGGUUUUCGGAUGCAACGUGUCCAAGGUGGACAGCCUGAGCGGCCAGACGGCGCUGCACCUGGCGGCAGCGGGAGGCCACGCCACGUGCGUGCGCCUGCUGCUGGCCGGCGCCGGCGCCGGCAGGAACAAGCUCGUGAACAGGGCGGCCAGCGGCGGCGUGACGGCGCUGCACCUGGCGGCGCUGCACGGGCACGCGGACUGCGUGCACCUGCUGGUGGACGAGCGCGCCGACGUCGCCGCGCCGACGCUGCCCUGCACGGCGGCCCCCAUGGCGGCCAUCGGCGCCGGGAGCGCGCCGCUGCACUACGCCGCCGCGGGCGGCGAGGUCAGGUGCUGCCAGAUCCUCGUGGCGCGCGGGGCCGACAGGGCCGCCGCCAACUGCAACGGGUGGAUCCCGUUGGACGUGGCCAGGACGUGGGGCUGCCAGUGGCUGGAGCACGUCCUGUCCCCCGAGUCUCACCUGCGCAUCCCCAGGUUCCCGCCCUCCGCCUACCUCUCGUCGCCGCUCGCCAGCGCGCUCGCCCUCGCAAGGGACUGCCGCCUGCUUCUCAACACGGCGCAGCUGGACAGCGGCGGCGCCGACGCCUGCGCGGUCUGCCUGGAAAGACCCUGUGACGUCGCAGCCGAAGCAGUGUGCGGGCACGAGCUGUGCGCCAAGUGCGCGCUGGACCUGUGCUCUGUGGUCAAGUCCUACGACGUGCCCGGGAUCGCCGGCACCAUCCCCUGCCCGCUGUGCCGGAGCGCCAUCGCCUCGUUCAGGAUGCGGGCCGCGGCGGACGAGCCCGAGCCUGACGUGAACGACGCCGGCGGUGGCCGCCGCGGUGCCGGCGACCGCCAGGCGGCGCCGUCCAGCCCGGAGAAGAAACGGAGCACGGACUCGGAACAGGAUGUCGUCCUCCCCUUCUACUGCGCGCCUCUCGCCGUCCCGUCUUGACCGGCCGGCGAUGCAGGCAGGCUGCAUUUGCGGGACGCAGAGGAGCUACUGCCGACUGCAUCAUCAGUGGAAACGUCAAAUGUGCAUAGACAGAAGAGGCAGACAGAUUGUUUGCUGAUGCUUGCCGACGGCAUUGCUGGAUUUUAAUUUGUUUUUUAUUAUGGUUCUGCACAUGGCACUAGCUGGUGUAAUGUAACAUGUUGGUUUAUUGUGGAAAGAAAGGAGGAACAUUCUUUUGCUGUAAAAAAUAAUGGGGGUUGGUUUCGGGGUGUUUUGGCUCAUGAUCCUUUGCACUCUGUCUCAAGAGCAUUAUUCACAUGUACGUAUCAUAAGCAUUCUGUCUGAAAGGAGGAACAUUCUUUUUGCUGCAAUAAAAGAGAAUGGGGUUGGUUUCAGCCCUUUUUUUU